GUCUGAGUAGAACGUCAAAUCUUAUUUAUCCCUGCAACUCUGCAUGGUUAGGCACCCAUGCGCCAUCAUCCUCCAAGGCUGCAGUUGUUGCUGCCUUCCUGCGUCUCGAGGGGGCGCGUACGGGGAAACGGACAUCGCGGGUUCACCUCUGUCACGUGACGAUUCCCUCCGUCUUCGGUGCGUGCCAUGUUUGCGGAAGUAAAGGAAGGUGCACACUUCUGUCAUUCGUUGAAAAAUGUAUCCAAAAUUCAGAGUUUCUGCUCAAUAAGACGCGUACAUGCAUUUAAGGAUGAUGAACCUACCAAAGGGACCCGAUUCUUUGUGUUUUAACAAAGACGAAUUUAUGAAGGAUGAUUUCGACGUGGACAAAUUCGUUGCUGCAUGUCGAAAGCAUGUCCAGCUGGAGGAGAUGCGUGAGGACCUGGAGAAGUAUUACCGGCUGCUUAAAACGGCAAUGGUCGAACUCAUCAAUAAGGACUAUGCCGACUUUGUCAACCUAUCCACUAAUCUUGUAGGAAUGGAUAAAGCUCUCAAUCAGCUUUCUGUUCCUCUAGGCCAAUUACGCGAAGAAGUGUUGAGCCUGAGGUCAUCCGUAAAUGAAGUUAUCCAAGCCAUAGACACACAGUUGUCCAAACAAGAUGACAUUCAAAAGAAGAAGAUCUGUGUGUUAAGACUCAUCCAAGUAGUUCAGUCAGUGGAGAAGAUUGAAAAAAUCCUUCACUCCCAAAACACCAAAGAUACAACUUCUCUUGAGACAAGCAGUCCUCUGUUAGCGGGUCAGAUUCUCGAGCGGAUUGCCACCGAAUUCAACCAGUUGCAGUUCCAUGCUGUCCAGAGCAAAGGCAUGCCACUGCUGGACAAAGUGCGGCCAAGGAUCGCUGGCAUUACUGCUAUGCUCCAGCAGUCUUUAGAGGGCCUACUCAUCCAGGGUCUUCAGACAUCCAACUUGGACAUGGUCCGACAUUGCCUCCGAACAUAUGCUACCAUUGACAAGACCAGAGACUCGGAAGCGCUCGUGGGACAAGUCUUAGUCAAGCCAUAUAUGGAUGAGGUCAUAAAUGAGCAGUUUGUCAGUUCCAGCCCUCAUGGUCUUCAGGUGAUGUACGCAAAGCUUCUGGAGUUUGUGCCUCACCAUUGCCGACUGUUACGAGAGGUCACAGGAGGGGCCAUUUCCAGUGACAAAGCUGACAUUGUGCCAGGAUAUGACUUCCUGGUCAACUCUGUCUGGCCAGAGAUCGUAAAAGGUGUGGAGGAGAGGAUUCCGUCCCUUUUCAAUCCGGGCAACCCUGACGCCUUUUAUCAGCGUUACUGCAUUAGCAUGGACUUUGUGCGGAAGUUUGAAAGGCAAUGUGGCUCUCAGGCGAGUGUAAAGAGACUCAGAGCCCACACAUCUUACCAGAGCUUCCACAACAGAUGGAACCUCCCUGUGUAUUUUCAGCUGCGUUACAAGGAGAUUGCUGGAUCUCUAGAGAACGCCAUGUCAGAUGGAUUAGAAGCAGCUCCAGCUGGGAGCCGCUACCGGCUGCAGGUGACAGAGGUGUUGUGGAGCUGUGUGUGCAGGUGUUGGGCGGAGCAAAUCUACCUGCCACCACUGGCUCAUCGCUUCUGGAAGCUAACGCUGCAGCUCCUCUCCCGAUAUGCCACCUUCCUCACGGAGGUCUUAACAAAGACCCCGCCUUCAGAAGCCACCAAAGACCCGGUGCGGCCACUGCCGAGCUCUGCAUCCUCCACGUCGAGCCGCACCUCUCAGGAUGCCGACAGUGAGAGUGGUGGCCCCGUGGCCCUGUCCACCAAGCAGCUGGUCUUCAUCGCUGCUGAUGUGGACCAGCUACAGGAGCAGAUUCCAGAAAUCUCUGACAUGAUCAGGCAGAGAUUAGAGGGAAUUGGUUUCAAAAACUUUACCAUUGUUUCAGAGGCCUUGGAUGACUCUAAUGCUGCUUUGGCCAGGUGCAUCCCAACAUUAAAUAGCAGAAUGACUCAGCAUUUGACAGAGAGGAGUUUCCGCUUCCUAAGAAAUGCAUCCGAAGUCCCGCGGCUGUACCGGAGGACCAAUAAGGAGAUGCCCAGCAGGGCCUCGGCCUACAUGGAUAACGCUUUGCGGCCACUGCAUCAGCUGCUCACAGACUCCACCAGCGUGGUGAAGGCCUCCAUCAUGCUGGAGUGGCUUCGCAUCACUCUUUCAGAUUGCACCCACAGAUACUUUGAGACCAUAUCUGAUGUGCUGAGCUCUGUGAGGAAAAUGGAGGAGAGUCUGAAGAGACUAAAGCAGGCCAGGAAAACGACCAUGGCCAGCACAGCAGGAGCCUCCGCUGGGCCCUCUGAUGACACCAAGAUCCGCCUGCAACUGGCCCUGGAUGUGGAGUACCUCGGCGAGCAGAUACAGAAGAUGGGCCUCCAGCCAAGCAACAUCAACAUGUUCUCCUCCCUGCUGGACCUGGUGCGGGAGGCCCGGGAUCUUGCCACAGCAGAGCAGGCUGGCUCUUAAGGUUCACUCCCCCUACUCGGGGUCCCCGCAUAUGCCCUGCCCAGAAUCCAAGACGUUACAGGGAAAAAAUGGAGGGGCAGACCCAAUGUUUUGUUUAGUUGUUUGUUUUGUUCUUUUGUGGGGGGUUUUUUUGUUGUUUUUUUUUGCCAAUUUUGGAGCCCAGUUGCUCUUCAUGCAAUGAUGAAGUCAACGAUAAGUACCUGAUCUACAGCCUGUCACCUCUCCCUGUGUGGUGAAGAAGCACACUACAAAGACAGGCCUACGUGCACAAAUGUUAUUUAUUGUCUAAUCCUAUCUGAUAAUAAGGAUAGGCACAAAUACUCAAUAGGAAUCUUUAUGGUAACCUGGUGUGAUUAUGUAAUAAUAUGCAGCAUGAAUCCUAAAUAUGUUAGGUUUCAAGAUAGUAAAGAAGUGAGUGGGCAGUGGGUUUGAUGAGUCAUGAUACGUCACAACCUGUCAUGCACGGUUACAUCAAAUAAUGUUGACUGAUGUGCCAACUUAUGACUUGGAACCUGAUGUUAUGAAACUGGUGUCAUGAGCUAAGCAUUCUGUCAGAAUGAAUAACAUUUCUUUAACCAGGUUUUCCCUGAGGCCUGCCUGUCGGCAUGAAGCUCAGUCCUUUUGGCAUUUUAAACACCAUGACAAGAAUGGUACUACUGUAACUUUUAAAUGUAACUUUAACAAUAAAAGGUUUGGAUAUAA